AUGUCUGAUAUCGUGACCUUGAAAAUAAUAAGUAAUUUGAACUACACAACGCUGGUGACAUUUGGCGACUCAUUAACGGACACAGGAAAUGGUUAUCGAAUAACGCACAACACAUGGCCACCUGUUCCACCAUUUAGUAUUAAUGGAAGUUAUUCCGAUGGUCUUAUGUGGAAUCAGAUCCUCGCCGAUGAGUUUCUCAACCGCGCGACUUUACAAGAUUUCGCUUAUGGUUGUGCGACAACAGAUAGUAAUUUAUUGCAGCCAACCAUCGGCUAUAAUACGAAUAUCAAAGGGAAUUAUUCUCUACGUAAUAACGCUAAACCACCAGGUGUCCGUCAACAGAUUACGACAUAUGUCAAUUUGUCAUUGAAUGAAAACAUCGAUUUCGAUCGAACGUUGUAUAUCGUUUGGAUUGGGAUCAAUAAUUACUUCUAUGAUCCUACAUUAACACCCUUGCAAACCGUUGAGAGUAUGAUGGAAUCGAUUUAUGUAUUAGUUAACUUUGGUAUGCAACAAAUUCUACGAAACUUAUUUACAUUCAACAUAAUGAAAUUUUAG